AUGCCUUUGGUAAAGAGAAAUAUAGAACCCCGGCAUUUAUGCCGAGGAACAGUGCCAGAUGGAGUCACCAGUGAGUUGGAAUGCGUUACCAAUAGUACACUCGCUGCCAUAAUAAAACAGCUGGGUAGUCUAAGUCGACAUGCAGAGGACAUCUUUGGGGAGCUUUUUAAUGAAGCAAACAGUUUCUAUAUGAGGAUGAAUUCCCUGCAGGAGAGAGUGGACUUACUUGUCAUCAAAGUAACUCAGUUGGACUCCACUGUGGAAGAAGUUUCAUUGCAGGACAUUAAUAUGCGGAAAGCUUUUAAAAGCUCCACAGUGCAGAAUCAACAAGUGGUUUCUCGGAAUUCCAUCCCAAAUCCAGUUAUGGAGAUGUACCAACGAUGUGACAAGCCUCCACCACUUAAUAUUCUCACUCCUUACAGAGAUGACAAGAAAGAUGGCCUCCGAUUCUACACUGAUCCUUCAUACUUCUUCAAUUUGUGGAAGGAGAAGAUGUUACAAGCUACUGAGGACAAAAGGAAGGAAAAGAGACGACAGAAGGAACAGAGGCAGGUGGAAGAUCCGACCAGGGAGGUGAAGAAAGUUCGGAAAGCCCGGAACCGAAGGCUAGAAUGGAACAUGAUGGCAUAUGAUAAGGAGUUCAGGCCAGAUAACAGGUUCUCACCAUCCCCAUAUCAUGUGACUUCAUCCGAGGGAUCACUUCCCCUGAUAAUAGGUCAUAUGCUUCAGAUCUUGAUCACUCCUAUCCUGCCAGCCCAAAUCACCCUACUCAGCAAAUCCUGGCUGCUGUCCCUCACCUGACCCCUGAAAACAAGGAGAUUAUCCUGAUGGCCAGUCAAGCACAAGAGCAUGGCUACCGUUCCUCUGCUCCUGGUAGUCGACAGAACAGUCUAAACAGAGCCCAGCAGGCUCAUGUUCCACAGCCCCCAGAGACCAUGCUUAAUGGCCCCCGCCCUCAAGUCCUGAAGGAUUAUAGUGGUCAACAGGUGCCAAUGACUGAAUAUUUUGUUCCUCCUGCACCCCCACCACCACCUCCUGUGAUCCCUUCUGCACAAACAGCAUUUGACAGUCCAAUUUCUGCCCCAGCUUCUGCAGUUCCUAAUGCAGCUGCUUCCUAUACUCCUACCCCUCCUCCAGCCCCACCCUGUCCAUAUUCGGGUUCUCCUCCCCAAAUUGGAUCAGUGGGACCUCCGGUUGCUCCCCCACCACCUCCACCAGGCCCUCCAACUUUCACAGCUUCUCCUGCUCACACUGCUUCCCCUCCCACUCUCACUGUGGAACCAAGAAAACCUCAGAUUCCAUUCAUCCCUAUGAGUGACGCGAGGAGUGACCUUCUGGCUGCAAUUCGCAGAGGUAUUCAGCUUCGGAAAGUUCAAGAACAGAGAGAACAGGAAGCCAAAAAAGAGCCCGUGGGCAAUGAUGUGGCCACCAUCUUAUCGCGAAGAAUUGCAGUCGAAUACAGUGAGUCUGAUGAUGACUCUGAACUGGAUGAGAAUGAAUGGUCUGAUUAA